AUGGCUAACUUUGCUUCUUCAAAACAAGAGCUCCUGAACAUCCACAAUGCCUUCUACCAGGGGCAGUACCAGGAAGUAGUCGACUUCGAUACCUCCUCUUUCUCCUCCGAAAACACCCUUGCCGCCCGUGUCCUUAAGCUGCGAGCACAGAUCGCUCUUGGACAAAGUAACGAAGUGCUAAAGAGCCUGGGAGCCAAGAGAGACACACCGGAGUUGGAUGCUGUUGCGGCGUUGGCGGAACAUGUCUCUGGAAACGAGGAAGAAGCCCUGAAGCUGGCCGAAGACCUGGCAGCUAAGCAUGAGGAUAAUGCAGCGGUGCAGGUGCUGGCUGGCCAGGUCCUGCAUGCACAAGACAAGACCGCCGAGGCGUUGGCUCUGCUAUCGAAACAUUCAGGAAACCUAGAGGCUGUCGCUUUGAUUGUCCAGAUACACCUCCAGCAGAAUAGAUCCGACCUCGCUCUGAAAGAAGUCCAGGCAGCUCGACGAUGGGCACAGGAUUCGUUGCUUGUCAACUUGGCGGAGUCGUGGGUUGGUAUGAGAGUGGGUGGUGAGAAGUACCAGGCUGCUUUCUACGUCUACGAAGAACUCGCUUCCGUCCCCAGCACUACUUCCGCACUGUCAAUAGUCGGUCAAGCAGUGUCUGAACUGCACUUGGGCCGCAUACCGGAGGCAGAAGCCGCACUGCAGUCUGCUCUCCAGAAGUAUCCUGAAGAUCCUCAGGUACUCGCAAACUCUAUUGUAUUGAAUGCUAUCAGUGGAAAGGACAAGGAAGAGCUGACAGAGAGACUAAGCAAGGUCCAGCCUGACCAUGCAUUCCUUACCGACUUGAAGGAAAAGUCGGAUCUCUUUGACACAGCUGCAGCAAAAUACUCCGUCAAGGCCUAG